AGUACAUCCCGCACUAUACAUACAUAUCUGUAUCUACUCCUCUUGUUGCGAUUCAGACCUGCACAUCCGCAUCCACCUACUCGCGCAAAUGACUGCCCCCAAGGAUAUCUCGAGCCGCGAUGAGCUCACUAAACGCGCUGUUCCCAGUAUGGUAUUGAGCGACGGCAGCCCAUCCUCCAUGACCCCACCACCGACAUCAACUAUUGACAGCGACCCCACGACAGCGGCGCAGAAGCGGUUCACGGUGCAAGGCAAUGCCGUUGUAACCGGUGGUGCCGGUACUCUAGGGCUGCAGUCGUGUAAUGCGCUUCUGGAACACGGCCUAAGUGGCCUGAUGAUUAUGGACAUGGAUCCAACGAUUUCACAGAAGGAGAUUGAAGAAUUGCGGCUGAAGUUCCCCAAAGCCAAGAUCGCCACAUUGAAAGUCGACGUCACCGACGAGGUCGCCGUAGACUCGGCGUUCGAGGAGACCACCAAAGUGCUGGGGUCCGUGGAUGCCUUGCUCUGCUUCGUUGGCGUGGUCGGAUGCGUCGACUCAUUGGAGAUGCCCAUCCCACAGUGGCGCAAGAUCAUGGACAUCAAUACUACGGGCUCGUUCAUCUGCGCACAGGCUGCUGCCAAGCGCAUGGUCGCUCAAGGAACGGGAGGCUCGAUUACCUUCGUGGCAUCCAUCUCCGGGCAUCGGGUGAACUUCCCGCAGCCCCAAGCAGCAUACAAUGUUAGCAAAGCGGCCAUUCUCAUGCUGAAAAGCUGUCUGGCGGCGGAGUGGGCGCGAUAUGGCAUCCGGACAAACAGCGUCAGUCCGGGGUACAUGGAUACGAUUCUCAACGCUGGCGACGGCAUUGCCGAACACCGCCGGAUUUGGGCCGAACGCAACCCCAGUGGAAGAAUGGGCAGUCCAUCCGAGUUGACUGGCGCCAUAGUGUUAUUGGCGAGCAGCGCCGGUACGUAUAUGAAUGGUGCUGAUAUCGUUGUCGACGGGGGGCAGAUUGUAUUCUGA